AACAUUAUCUAUUAAGCUUCAGUGAGUUCAUUGCAGUAGCAUAAAUUUUAUAUAUAUUUUGGGGUAGAAUUCAAGCUCAUGUCUAAAAACUCGUCAUAUUUCAAAUAGAUUUUUUUUGUGAGUGUGUAAACAUGGAGUUAAAUUCUAGCGGUUUGGAUACACGAGUGCACCCUGGCUCGCCGGUAUGUAACGGGAGCACUUUACCCCCUACAGGUGGAGAUCUGGUGACUUUAGGAGCCCCGAGUGACACAAUGAAUGGUGAUACUACAACAGGCUCAGGGGGUGACAGUAGCCACUGUUCUGACUCUUCGGCGCCGUCUCCCAACGGCUCAAACCAAGAUAUUCCGAAUGGCAAAAAUUUGACUUUUUCUCCUGAGCAGGUUGCGUGUGUAUGCGAAGCUCUUCAGCAAAAAGGUGACAUAGAUAGACUUGCUCGUUUCCUGUGGUCUUUACCUCCGAGUGAGCUUUUACGCGGAAGUGAGGCUGUGCUUAAGGCACGAGCGACUGUUGCUUUUCAUAGGGGAAGUUAUCGAGAACUGUAUGCGAUAUUAGAAAGUCACACAUUCGAUACAUCUAAUCAUGCGUUUUUACAGAACUUGUGGUAUAAAGCCCACUAUAUGGAAGCUCAGAAAAUUCGCGGGCGCCCUCUGGGUGCCGUAGAUAAAUAUAGACUCCGUAGGAAAUACCCCUUGCCAAAAACAAUAUGGGACGGCGAAGAAACUGUGUAUUGUUUUAAAGAAAAAUCGCGCCAGGCUUUAAAAGACUGCUAUAAAGCAAAUAGGUACCCGACUCCGGACGAGAAACGGAAUUUGGCUAAAAAGACAGGUCUUACACUUACCCAGGUCAGUAACUGGUUCAAAAACCGCCGCCAACGUGAUAGAACCCCAACACAACAGCAUGGCUUUGUUAACAGAGAGAUGAUGGAAGAACAAUUCCAACAGACAAUGCAUCAUCAUCACCACCAGUCGUUUCCACCAGCGCCCCCUAUGAUGACCCAUGGUCACCAUGAUUACAGGAAUGAUAUUGACAUGUCCGCUAAAAUGAUUGAUGAUAUGAGAAUGAACAUGGGGAUGCCAAUGGUGAAAAGUGAACCUUUGCCCCCACAUUACCCGUUUGCCCAACCUAUGGACCACCGGCUUCACUAUUCCGUACCAGCAGUAUGAAAUAUGUUUGAUCUAUGUUGUUAUUAAGUUUAACAAAUGUUUUGACGUCUCAGACCCCUUAGAUAAGGGCAACAGACAAGAAUGAAAUAAUUUAUCAGUCCGGAUAAGACGGAUAUUCAUAUGUGUGAGGACAAGCAUAAUUUUAAAAGAAAGCUAUUGCCAUGGGUUAUGAUUCAAGAUCGGUUCUAACCUACAAAGUCGAUCUAAAUUGCAGAGGACAACAACUUUGCCUGCCACCACUUGGAAAUUGAUAUCUGCUCUUGGAAGUUAAUGUUUUGUUAUUAUACGUAAAGGUUGAAACUAUUAAACCAAUAGAAAGGUGUACUAUUUACAUCUUGCAUUUGGCCUACUCCUUCAGGAAGGAUCUUGUCGCAAUGGUAAAGUUGGAAAGUUCGUGUUUGUGAAUUGUUUAUCAUAGAAAGCUAAACCAGUCGUAAAUAUCAGGAAAUAAUAAUUCAAACAUUCCUCGUCAGCGUUCUGUGGAAACUAGUAUGAAACACGAACGGAACUUUUUAAACAUGAAUCUCUUGUGGAAUUUACGUAUUUGAUCAGUUGGUGAUAAUUGUUGUUAGAGUGAAUGAACAAACGUCUAUUAAAGUGAUGAUAAUCUAAUACACAUGUACAAUACUUUCUUAAGUCUAGAACUGAAAAUUCAAUUUGACUCACUAAAAGUUAUGUUAUUUAUUUAUAUAACUAAUUCUUUCUUUCUUGUGCCUAUUUUAAAGAGGCACUGUUAUGAAUUAAAAGGCUGUUUAAGUAAAUUGUGAGCAUUCCUCAAAUGGGUGUAUCUCUUAACGUGUUUAUUACACUUUUUGACAACGUACCAUUUCAGAUUAACAAAAUAUGGUUUGAACAUGCUCUUGCUUUAUCUUUUGUUUUUGUUUUUUCUUAAGGAUAAAAGUGUUCUGAUAAUACAAUUGUCAUUGUUUUCUUCGGAGAGUUAACAUGUCACUGAUAAAUUUGACAUAAAUUAACAAUCUUUUAUUUGUUUGGUAAUAAAAGUAGGAUAGGCAAUGAAAGUAAAAUGUAUGUGUUAUAUCAUUUAUAUAAAAAUAAAAUUUAUAUUACUUUUCUUUUGUGAAGAUCUAUUUUUAUGAUAUUCAACAGUGAUCACAUUUUUAAAACUCCUGUAUUCGCUGGCAGUGUCUUAAUGAACAUUAUUAUUUAAAGUUAUAGUAUUAAAAUGCAAAUAUUUUAUUUUAUUAUUUGGAUAGUAAUUUGGAGUUUAAAGCUACAAACGCAUUUGAGUUCAUAUUUUUAAUAUUGAAUAGAAAAACAUUUUAUGGUGAAUUUGAGUAAGUUAACAUGGAUAUGAAUAAAAAACUAAACAGUACAAUAAAUAUUUUGAAAGAUUCUUUAUUUUUAAAAUAAAUGUUUGGUGUAAACGAUUUAUGUUAUUUUUAAAUGUAUUACUUGUACUGUGUAUACAUGUGAAUGGAAAUGAAAAAAGUGAAUUUUUGAAUUUAUGAAUUACUCUCUAUGUAAAAUGUACAGUAGUUGUGCAUCGUACAAUAUAAUGAUUAGGGAAAGAAACCUGGUAUAUAAAUAUCUGAAAAAAAGGAUCCUUAGAAGAAGCAUUAAACAACAAAAUUCCUUGAAAAUUUCAGACUCGGUUUGACUGAGUUUGUACGUGAGGGAUAACGAAAGAGUGCAACAUCCCUCUAGCACCCUGGCACCGGCUUGAGCGAUACUCAAUGUGCUGCAAUCAAUUUUGAAUUUCAGUUUGUUAAAGAUUUGGACUGAGUUCAAAAUUUGAUACAAAUAGAGUUGCUAAUUUUGAACAUUUUUGUAAGGAAUGUUGAAGACAAUCAAUCGAGACUGGUAAAGUACAAAUGAUACAUCUGGUGAAAUAAAUAUUAUACAUAUAUAUAGGCCUAAACAAAAACAACAUAAUAAAAAUAGUACAAAUAUUUGAUACCGAUUAAGAAAUACAUUUUUUAUGUCAUAAGAUCAUACAUAUGAUAUGGCGGAUUGAUACAAAAUAUCAAUACGCUUAAAAGAUAGAUUUAAAAAAAACAUCGACAAAUCAUGCCUUUUUGUACAAAAAGUUCUCUCUGACGAUGAAAUAUCACUUUUUGUACAUGUUGUUUUGAAGAGUAUCAUUUUUACUAUACCAAGAUCGUGUAAUACAUCAUUUUUUCUCAUCUCUUUGUUAUACUACUUCGUUUUUUGCUUUUCAAUACGCAAUAUCAUUUUACAUGUAUACAUGAAUUUUGAUCAAGAACAAUACAUUAAAUGUCAUGGAUGUAAAACUCA